GAGGGUUAUGUACUUCUUGCCCGACCUUUCCUUUCUCCGGACGAACGUUUCAAACGAUUAGCGAAUAAUAAAUAAAUUAACUUUCACGGCACAAGUUCAAUGGACAAAAAAAUCAAGUGGUUUCCGCACACGUUGAGUGACAUUUCCUUUGUGUAAAAGUGUAUCAUAUUUUAACGUAGGGCAGUGAACUUUUAUUGUGGAUAAUUAGAACAAUUUUAUUUACUUUCCACCUAUUUUAUCAAUAAAAAUGUUAGAUAACAGUUACUGUGUUGCCUGAUAAAGGUCUGUAGGUAAACAAAUGGAAGAUAACUUGAAGAGGACUGUAUGGUCUGUUGUAUGUUAGAAAGGUGGUAGACGCCCAGCAAGAUGCACAUGUGGAUGUGGUUCGGGUACGACCUGGGCGAGUUCCUGUUCCCGGGGCUCACCAUCAGCUCGCGCUGGUCCUUCGCGCUCACCUGGAUCGUGCUGUUCUUCGUCGCGCUGCUCUUCGAGGGCUCCAAGGUGUACCUGGCGAGGGUCCAGCGAGAUGCCCAUAAGAAACUGUACCCCUUCCGGUCAGAUGAGAGGAGGAACCUGCUCUGCGACCGGGAGGGCGGCAACAUGGAGCCCACGACGAGCCGGAACGCUAGCACCGGCCAGGUCAGCCGUUGGGCUUCCCUUAGAGUCAGGAUGCUGGUGAACACGCACCAGUCGCUGAUCUUCCUGAUCCACAACGUGGUCGGCUACCUGCUCAUGUUGGCGGUCAUGGUGUACAACGUGCACCUGCUGCUGGCCGUCGUGUUCGGGAUGAUGCUGGGAUACUUCCUCUUCGGGCCCAAGCUGACGCGGCUGCAGAUGCAGUGCUUUAGCACGAGAAAGACCGUCAUCUGCACCCCUGAAUGCGAUGAUACUGCUGAGAAUACAACACCGCCGCUCCUGGACUCCUCACUUAGCUCAGAAUCAGACUUUUUCAUCUGUCGGACUCGAACCUGCAUACAGCCGUCUCACUACUUCCCAGCUAACAGAUCAGCUGACGGCACCUCCAACGACUUAGCAAACGCCACUUGCUACUACGGCGCAAAGAAGUGUCCUUCAAGAGUCGCGCGAGCGAGACGGAUGCAGGAGAGAGCGCACUGCAGCCACGAAAGUGAGAAAGAGGACAGUCCGAGCGUAGAAGACGCUCAGCUGCUGAGAACAGAGCGCCAGGGUUGCUGCAAGAAAAAACAGGAACCCCCACCUCAAGAGAAAAAAUGCUGUAAAAAGUCUAGUCAAACUGAAACGGUGGUCGUGCAUGAGAGCAAGUGCUGUAAGGAGGAGAGCGAAAAGAAACAGGAGCGGGAAGACAGCCCGCAGAUAACUUGCUGCCACAGCGCGAUGGCAGCGCCCUCUGAGAGCCAGGAACAAAUUAUAAAGUGACGCGUUAAGGACGAAUCUAUCAAUAUGACAGGUUUCACGAACUUUACGUAGUUUGGUAGAGAUCGUUAUACAAAAUUCGGUAUAAGAGUUAAUAGGAUAUGAGGAACCAAAGCCUUAGACAAAGCUGGACACAGUUUCUGACUAAUAUAAUUAACGCAUAAAAAAUCAUAAUAAGCCGCGGUUAUUUUUGUAAAUUGACUCGAGAAACUGAUAAAAUGUUCCACGUCUAAUAUAGUAAAAAAGGAAAUAAUAUAGUAGUUAGACCGAACAGAGUAAAAUUAAGUUGUUGAAAAAAAUGGCAACACUUUCCUUAUGCGUCAUUUGGUAUCAAGGCAGGUUUAUAUUAAGAAAAUGUCAAAAUUUUAGAGCGUUUGAAAAGGAGAGUUAAAGACAGACUAAAGACUCCUUUAGACUAAUUUUGUUUUAACCGACUUUAAAAAAUUAGGAGUUUCUCAAUUUGACGCGUAUGUAUGUAUUUUACAAUGUUACCAGCUAUUUAAAUUAUACUACCUACAAAUUCUACUCUUUUCAGCCAAGGUACCUUUAAAUUUUCUUUUUUUAUAUAGUGGUACCUCGGAUGGAAUUCACUAAUUGGCCGGAUCAAUGAGGAGCACUGAGUGUUCUCAUCCGGUUUAUAACAUUUAAAUUAAUGUGUGGAGUUCCAAAAUUCCAAAGACAAUAAGCGCUCAAGAGGCUUCGAUAAGUGUUCAUAAUGUUUGUUACAUGACUAAAGUAUAUUAGGUGACGUAAUUAAAUUAAUUCUAUAAUGGUCCAGAUUCCUGCAGACACCUCCUAAAUUUAUUUUAAGUUGUCCUUUACGGCGGAUAAGAAAAUGUUAGGUAUAACUUAAAAUAAAAUUAGAUGUUGUGUACUGGAAUAAGCACCAUUAUUAAACGUUAAAAUUCUGUCUUAUGCUGUAAAGGUUUUCAACGUACUCGGUAAAUUCGACCCUUUCAUUAAAUGGCUUUUGUUUAUUUUUGUUUUUCGGAACAAAGGCCUAAGGAUUCUUAGUGAUAUCAAGUGGAAUUUUCCAUCGUAAAAGUGUGGAAAUGAAACAAAUAAAAAAAUAACAAAAAAAAUGAAUUUUCCGACAUGAAAAUCCACUUAAUAUCAACUCAGAAUCAUCCCCCUUAGUUUUCGUUACGAUGUCACCCUGUGUACUUAGGUUGAAUCCAAUUUAGAAAAAAAAAACAAGUUAGAACAAAUUCCAAUUUACAUGUAUUUCGGUAGAACUAAUUAUCUAGCUCAUUCGCUGUAUCGCUAGCUUGACAAACACAGAGGGGGUGAGGUGAAUGUACCUCAGAUACGAAUUAGUGGGGGGGGGGGAGUUAUCGUUCUAUACGUUAUUCUUUACUCUACUGCCUUGGUGACAAGGCUCGUCUAAAUUUCACGAGUACAUUGACUUUUACAGCAGGCAUUUUUAAUGGGUUUAAAUAGGUAUUUCGAUUGCCAUUUACAUAUCAUUAGAUAAGACAGAACUAGUAUUAUUCACAUCGAAUUUAGUUACCAAAAUGAACAAAGGAUGGAUUUGACUGCAUAAGGGAUUCUAAUACAAAGCUAAGCUGUAAAUUUUAUGAGUAUAAAGGCCUUUUUCCUGCAGACACCGCCUAAUUUUAAGUUAUACCCGUCAUCUUAUUCGCCGAAAAUAACCCGUGCGAAUAAAAUAGGCAUCUCCCUGGUACGCAAUCCGUUUGACGGGCUGUCUUUUUAAUUCUGUCGGGUUUUGGCCGAUGUAAAAUUUUGUUGUUUUAUAUUUCUGCUUAAAAUUGACGUGUAUUCCAUAAAUUUUAUGGCUGUCGAUUACCCGUCCCUUUCUUUUUCAACGGAUGAGAAAAUGACAAGUAUAACAAUAAAAUUAGAUGGCGUCUGCAGGAAUUAGCACCAAUGUCUCAAAGUAGACUAUUGAAUCCCAAUGCUGUUAUUCGAUGGAAUAAGAUGUUUAUUUGAAUAUUUUAUGUUUAUUUAUAAAGAGUUGUUAUAUUUUUAGAUGUUUCCUAUUUUGUGGUGCUAUACACGCUGUUUCAAAAGUAGGCUGAUAAAUCGUUAGUGCCUUAUUUCGUCCUAUGUUGCAGUGCCAAACGUUUUAGCUAUAAAGAAUUUUAUAUUUGUAAAUAAUUUGUUGUAAUAAAGAAUUAUUUUAGCAUUGAA